AUGGGUUUACGACAGUUGGUUACUAUUCUAGUCGGAGUCGGCGUUGCGGCCGGACUGAGUGAUCCGACGACUACAUGUACUGUGGCUGGUGUUCCUCUGUUCAAGUACGAGACAGAGCAGCUAUCUGGAACACACAUACCGUCUGGGUUUGCGAAACUCUUUGCUUUUGACACAAAGGGCCCAAAGUUGAGCCAUGGCCAGUGCAAGCCACUUCCUGGAGACGAGGGCUGGCCAUCUCAGGCCGAGUGGGACGCGUUUGCCAAAGCAUUGGGUGGCUCGGCUCUCAUUCGGACAGUUCCUCUUGCAGCGCCGUGCUAUAAGAGCUGGGGAGUGUAUGAUGCCGGUAAAUGUGCUUCCAUAGCAAAUAAUUGGACCAGUCCUUACUUUCAUGAGGAAGAUCCUACCUCGGUGAUGUGGCCGGUAUGGGAAGGUCGGACUUGUGUUCCAACUAAUGACCCGAGCAAAUCAACUUGCACUCUGGGUGCUUAUCCUGUAUAUGCCGUUAAUGCCACGAGUGUUGCCCACAUUCAGCUGGCAGUCAAUUUCGCCCGUAGCAAGGGACUACGGCUCGUCAUCAAGAACACCGGUCACGACUAUCAGGGUAAAUCUUCUGGCGCAGGCGCGCUGAGUAUCUGGACUCAUCACCUCAAUGAUCUAUCCUACUUGGCCAACUACAAGCUGGGAGAAUUUUCUGGCAACGCAUUGCAUGUAGGCGCAGGAGUAACAACAGAACACAUGGUGAGGCUGGCUGACGAACAUGGUGCCUCGGUGGUUGGGGGGAUGUGUGCAACAGUAGGAUUUGCUGGUGGAUACUUUGCCGGAGGCGGGCAUUCACCUCUAUCAAGUCUGUUCGGGCUAGGCGCCGAUCACGUCUUAGCCAUCAACGUUGUCACGGCUGACGGCCACUUCAUUACUGUCACGGAACGCACACAUCCUGACCUCUUCUGGGCUUUGCGUGGUGGAGGCCCGAGUACUUUUGGAGUAACAACAUCUGUUGUGGUGCGCCUCCAUCCCAAGUUACAGGUUACCACGUCACAAAUUUCGUUUCAGACGUCCGACAGUGUGAACAAUGAGACGUUCUGGCUCGGUGUGCGGGCGUACUUUGAGCACUUUGAUCCGAUGACCAAGGCAGGUUUCUAUGGACUGACAGGCAUCCGCCGUAACUCUGAGUGGUAUAACAACUCGGCGUACAGCCUGGGAGUCGAACCGAUGUUCGCCCCAAACAAUUCCAUCGAAUCAUUCAACAAAGUCAUGAAACCAUUCUUUGACAAACUCACCAAAUUAGGAAUCCCUUACGAGACUCAGCCUAGGCAUUUCGACACGUUCUACUCUGCGUUUACGGAUGCUUGGCCAGGCUCACAGCUUCAGGUGGCCGAGCCAGCAGAUAUUGAAGCUAGCCGCCUUUUCCCAAAGGACGUCUGGAACGAUGCGGAAGGAUUUGAAAAGUCGUUUCAAGCCAUACGUCGAGUCAGUGACGCCGGUUAUGACUUGACAGCCUUUGCAGUCGCGCCGGGGAACCCCUUCAAUGUAGAUAACGCGGCUAAUCCUGCUUUGCGUCACAAUAUUGGCUUCUUCUCAACAGGCAUUUUUCUUCCAGAAAAUCCCACCCCGGCCGAGUUAGCGGCUACGCAGAGCAAGGUUAUGAAUGACUUAGUACAGCCAUGGAGGGAUGCAGCACCAGCCAGCAAGUUUGGAGGAUCUUAUCUUAACGAAGGUAACGCUAAGGAGCCCAAUUGGCAACAGGACUUUUUCGGCUCCAAUUAUCCCAGGCUACUUAAUAUUAAACGCCAGUGGGAUCCCGCCAGCGUGUUUUAUGCUGUAGCAGGUGUUGGCAGCGAGGAUUGGGAAGUCCGCACAAAAGAGCAGGGAUUACAAACACAGAACGGGCCCUUGUGUCGUCUUUAA